AUCUUUCAAACUCACAUGGCGAUGAGAACAACUUGUAUGCCCUCACAAGUAUCUGAGGAUGAGCAGAGAAAAAGAGAAAAUAUUCGGUCCUUGACUAUGUCUGGCCACGUUGGUUUUGAGAGUUUGCCUGAUCAGCUGGUCAACAGAUCCAUUCAGCAGGGCUUCUGUUUCAACAUUCUCUGCGUGGGGGAGACUGGAAUUGGAAAAUCAACACUGAUUGACACGUUGUUUAACACUAAUUUUGAAGACCAUGAAUCCUCACAUUUUUGCCCACAUGUUAAACUUAGAGCUCAGACAUACGAACUCCAGGAAAGUAAUGUUCGAUUGAAACUGACUAUUGUGAAUACAGUGGGAUUUGGUGACCAGAUAAAUAAAGAAGAAAGCUACCAGCCGAUAGUUGACUACAUCGAUGCUCAGUUCGAGGCCUAUCUCCAGGAGGAACUGAAGAUUAAGCGUUCUCUCUUUAACUACCACGAUUCCCGCAUCCACGUGUGCCUCUACUUCAUCUCACCCACAGGCCACUCUCUGAAGACACUCGACCUCCUCACCAUGAAGAACCUGGACAGCAAGGUGAACAUUAUACCAGUGAUUGCUAAAGCAGAUGCGAUUUCUAAAACGGAAUUGCAGAAGUUUAAGAUCAAGCUUAUGAGUGAGCUGGUCAGCAAUGGCGUCCAGAUAUACCAGUUCCCCACAGACGAUGACACCAUCGCCAAAGUCAACGCUGCGAUGGACGGACAUUUGCCAUUUGCUGUGGUCGGAAGUAUGGAUGAGGUAAAAGUCGGAAAUAAGAUGGUCAAAGCUCGCCAGUACCCUUGGGGUGUCGUGCAAGUGGAGAAUGAGAACCACUGCGACUUCGUGAAGCUGCGGGAGAUGCUCAUCUGCACCAACAUGGAGGACCUGCGGGAGCAGACCCACGCCAGGCACUACGAGCUGUACCGGCGCUGCAAGCUGGAGGAGAUGGGCUUCGCAGACGUGGGCCCCGAGAACAAGCCGGUCAGUCUUCAGGAGACUUAUGAAGCCAAAAGACAUGAAUUUUAUGGUGAACGGCAAAGGAAGGAAGAGGAAAUGAAGCAGAUGUUUGUGCAGCGAGUAAAGGAAAAAGAAGCCAUUUUGAAAGAAGCUGAAAGAGAGCUGCAGGCCAAAUUCGAGCACCUUAAAAGAGUUCAUCAGGAAGAGAGAAUGAAGCUUGAAGAGAAGAGAAAAUGUUUGGAAGAAGAAAUCAUCGCUUUCUCUAAAAAGAAAGCUACCUCUGAGAUAUUCCAGAACCAGCCCUAUAUGGCAUCGGGUAGCAACCUGAAAAAGGACCGCAAGAAGGAUCCAGGCUGUCGGUUCGAACUCCUGUGCUUUGAUGUCAGAACUUGUGAAACCAUUGGUGGACAUAAAGAUGCGGAGGAAGCCCUAAUUUUAUGUAAACCAGAAGUUCCAAGGCACAGAAGGUCGUCACAAGCAGAAGUUAUUAAAAAGUUAGAAAUGUGCUUUGAUUUUCUUGCUGUCUUUAUUUGCUUUAUUACUUAUUUCGUGCCUGGCAAAUGGCCAGUUACUGACAUUCAUGGAAGAGCACUUUGGAGCGUAGUAAGGGCUGUGCAGAAUCCUUAUGUAAAUGACACUGCUGAGUAAUCACUGCUAGGGAAUUCUCAGUGGCUGUUUUUCAGUGAGCUUGAGUCUUUUCUGCUGCCAAAUUACUGCGACUUUGCUAAGUAUUAAGCCAAAGAGCAAAGUCCCCGUGUCAUUGAGAUCAGAACGCAUUCACGUUACGCUUCUGAUUGCAUUUAUAGUCUAGGUGAGCCUUUUUUAAUAUAAACUUAAGGAAGAAGCUGACUGUGUUUGGAAUGUAUUGUGAGCUAACACUCUAACCUCCCAGUAGUUUUAUGGAGCUUUCUAAUGGUUGCUGUGUUACCCAGUAGGUAGUGCUCUGAGAGAUUCUCGGGCCCUGUGACAUGAAGACUGUGCUUCACCGUGCCUUCCUGGGGCUGAUACAUUGCUGUGCCCAAACAACCGUUU